UAUAUAUAAAUGAGGGAAAAAAUCGUCCUGAUGUGCUCCCAGACUCCAGGUUCCAGUGUCUGCAGACCAGUGUUGCCUUUCUGUCUCAAAAUAAACCAGCAUCUCAGCAGUUUAAGUGGUCACCGCACCAGUACCUGCCAUGGCUGAUCAAGAGGCUCGUGAGAACCCGACCCCUGCCGCCGAACCGGCUGCCACACCGGACACCACACCGGCUGCCCCGCCUGCUGCAGCUGCAGCCCCACCGGCCGCUGCGCGCCCCAAACGCGUGUCCUACCGCGGACGCACCGCAGGAGCCAAAGUCAGCUCCAAUCAAAAGGAGGGGAAAGUGGAGGAGUUCGAGCCCUUCAUGUUACUGCCCAGAGGACCACCACCGCUCAAUGAGUUUCUCGAUAUCUGGGAUGUCGACGUUCUCAAACGACCUCAACAGAUCAAUAAACAAGGGCACCACACCCACCUGUACUCCAGUGACUCACUCAUUGUGCGUCGCGCUCAAGAGUUUCAGAUCAAGAUCACCUUCAAUCGGCCCUACAAACCGGCCGAAGACAAGUUUGCGGUUGAGUUUGUCAUAGGACCGAGUCCUCAGUACAGCAAGGGCACCUACAUUCCUGUUUUCCCCACUGAGGAGCGACAGAGUGUUUGGAGAGGCCGGAUCGUUGAGACCAGCGACAAUGUUGUCACAAUGGGCAUCACAACUUCACCAGAGUGCAUUGUGGGAAAAUACAUGAUAUAUAUCGGUGUGGUGACUCCCUACGGCAUCCGCAGGACCAGGAGGGACCCGAGCACAGAUGUCUACAUCCUCUUCAACCCGUGGUCACCAGCUGAUCCUGUGUUCCUGGAUGAUGAGGAGGAGCGUGAAGAGUGUAUUAUGACUGAGCUGGGGAUCAUCUAUCAUGGAGCAUAUGACGAUGUGUCUGAACGUGCCUGGAAUUACGGACAGUUUGAGUUUGGUGUCCUGGAUGCCUGUCUCUUCAUUAUGGAUAAAGCAGAUAUGCCGUUGUCCAACCGUGGGGAUGUUGUUAAAGUGACCCGUGUCGCUUCAGCUAUGCUGAACUCACGUGAUGACGACGGCGUGUUGGUGGGUAACUGGAGUGGCGAUUACACAUACGGUGUCCCGCCGACGUCCUGGACCGGCAGCGUGGAGAUCCUCCUGGACUACGCCGGCAGCAGGGGAACACCGGUCUGUUACGCCCAGUGCUGGGUCUUCGCUGCUGUCUUCAACACCUUCUUGCGUUGCCUCGGAAUCCCUGGCAGGGUCGUGACGAACUUCUUCUCUGCCCACGACAAUGAUGGCAACCUGAAGAUGGACAUCAUCCUGGAUGAAAACGGAAAACUGGACCGGAGCCGCACCAAAGACUCCAUC